UUCUUAGGAUGUUCAAAAGGACUGUCCUUCUAGUUCUGGUCCUAAUAGCCGUUGUACAAUCUAUCUACGAGGAUCAGAUUGGGCUCUAUGACUGGCACCAGCGAUAUGUGGGAGCAGUGGAGCACCGCAUUGCAGACUCCCGUGCUAUUGUAGUGAUUACCAAGAAGAACAUCCUUGCAGCACUGCACCCAAAAACUGGUGCCAUCAUGUGGAGACGCAAGUUCAAUGAGGAGGACACAGUGACGGUGGAUCCUGUGAUAUGCGGAGAGGAGGUGGUAACAUACCACAGUACCAACCGGUACAGACAUUGGGAUAUCUUAACAGGAAUGUUAACACUGGAUACACCACACCACGAAGAAGAUGGUCUCCUCUUCUACGCCUCCCUGUCGUAUGAAAAGAUGAUAAGGGUCACUCGUAACAAUGUUUACUGGGGCAAAAAUGAUAACAUUGGCUCUUCUCCUAUCGAUAUCUCGCCCAGUAUGAAGUUUGCGGGAUUUAUGCGAUCCGGAUCUAAAGUUGAGGGAUUUCUGUUCGACCCUUCAACAGCUCAAGGAGUGAGCAUUAAAUACGAUGCAAAUCAUGAUACUGUACAAGUCGCUGAAGCUGCAUUGCCGUCGACCACUCAGGGGAUUAAGCUUGUGACAUCAGAAGACAGUAUUGCCGGUUUACAAGGUGACUCAGUUUUCUACAAAACGAUCGGCGAAGACUCCUUCCUUGAAGUAAAACUCUCAGAUAUUGGUAUUACAUGGAGUGUAGAUUCGAUUAGCGCUGCGGGAAAGUCCACUUACAUUGUGUCUGGAAAGCAAAUGUCUGCUGUUAUCGCUGUUAUGGACGGAGCUAUGCGGGCCGUCAAAGCUAUCAGCAAGGACGUUAUAGGACAAGUGGUAGGAUCAGAUCACAUCGCCCUCGUGUCCCGUGCAGAUCACACUGUGUCUCUAGUUCAGCUCUCUAACGGGUUCGAAGCUCACUCCUACUCUCUAGGAGAGUUAGCAGAGGGAAGAGGAGGUGUUCUCAGCAUGACUACUCUUACUGCCUCUCAUCCUUGUAGUCUGAUGACAACAGUGAGGGUGCCAGGUUUGUUCCUCACUUGGAAGGAUCAGUCUGUGACAGUUGUUGGAAGUAACAAAACUUGUGGCUGGAUCAGGGAGGAGAGUCUCUCUUCUGUUGUAUCGGCUACUUUACUGGACCUUCCUGCCAGCUCCUUUAUCCCUGUCAGUCUUCACCGCCACACUAACCCUAUCAAGCUGUGGACUGAACGAAUCACCAUGCAGCUGCAAGAUCUCCAGAAGUUCAUAAACCUGUACUUUGGAACGGCACUUAUUGAUGUGUCUCCGGAGAUGGAGCGGGACUCUUUCAACCUCAACAAGUUGAUCUUUGCAAUCUCCACCUGUGGAAAAGUGCACGUGCUGCAUUCCGGCACUGCUCGUAUUAUUUGGAGCAGGUAUCUAGAUAACAUCGCCCCGCUCUCCAACGGACAGUACCAAGUGCACAUGAUCAGAUCAGCUUCUCACUAUCCUCUCCCAGCCCUGGUUGCUGUGUUGGGCACUUCUUUAGACAGUAAGAAAGCAGUUCUGACGGUUCUGAACCCCCUUGAUGGAUCACUGCAGUACAGACAAGAGUUCGAGUCUAAACUAGCUCAGAUUCAGCUGACUGCUGUAGAAGAUAAUGAGUUCGCCAAGGUCAUGCUGAUUCUUACGGAUGACAACGAGGUACACACCUACCCUCCCCGACUUCACAAGCUAGUGGAACAUCUCCCACUCUAUUUCACUCUCGUAUACCCUGACCAGAUGGAACUCAAGGGAUUUUUCCUCAAAGGAACAAGAGUUGAAGAAACUUGGUCAGCUCAUCUGAGAGGAGACAAGAUAUUAGAUGUGAAAAGUAAAGCUACUAAUGACGCAGUUUACUCUCAAGGUAGAGUACUAGGGGACAGGUCCGUUCUUCACAAGUACAUCAACCCCAAUGUGAUGGCUGUUGCAGUAGAGUCAGGAGCUGGAGAUAAGGUUCUGGUGGACGUGCAGCUGUACGACAUGAUAUCCGGCACCCAGCUGUACCACGCCCGACACAAACAGUACUCUGGUCCAGUGCACCUCCUGGUGGUGGAGAACUGGUUACUUUACCACAUCUGGUGCAGCAAGCUGAGGAGAUACGAGGUGGUGGUCGUGGAGUUCUUCCUACCCAGCGCUCCUAACACGACUGAGUUUUCGUCCCUGUUCCCCCGGACCCCCUCCUUCUCAAUCCAACAAGCUUACAUCGCAACCUCCCCUCUCUCUGCUGUCGCUGUUACAACUACUCUCAAGUCCAUCACUAACCGGGCUGUACUUUUUGCUGAAUCAGGAGGCAGGAUAGCUCUGGUACCCAAGGCCCUACUGGACCCCCGCAGACCCACCAUCCCCACAGCUGAGGACAGACAAGAACAGCUGGUACCCUACACCCCGCAACUCGCUCUAGCUCCCAUGUCUUACGUUACCUACAACAAAACGCUACAAGAUAUCACUGGCAUGGUUACGGGUGUUACCGGUCUUGAGUCCACAUCUCUCCUCUUCGCUUACGGAACUGACCUCUAUUUUGCAAGGGUGACUCCAGCCAAGACAUUCGACAUGUUGAACGAAGAUUUCGACUAUUAUCUUAUAGGACUAGUUUUACUGGGACUUUGCUUCGCCACGAUAGUGACUCAAGCUCUAGCUGAAAAUAAAGCUUUGAAUAAAAAGUGGAAAUAAAGUGGGGUAGUUUGUUAUUAGCUUUGAUCUUUACAUUGGUGAUUUAUUUUAUUUGUUACUGAGCUUGUUGACCGUCGGUCACGUGUAUUACCUUAUCAGAAUACCUUUAUCUGGGUAUUUGAGUUAAAAUGGAAGAAAUAGAGCAAGAUACUUGGCUAGUAUUCAGUUUGACUAUUACUUUGACUCUAGUAGCUCUAUCAGAUACACUCACAAUGGAGUAACUUUCUUAUUUAAGCUAUCUAUUGCAGUGUUGACUGUUUGAUUAUUUUAUACUGAUAAGCUGAAGUAAGUAGAUAAUUUAUAUUAACUUAUUCGGCCCUGAUUCGAACGGCUCUUGUUAAACGACAAGCCUUACCGCACAAUAUUUUUAUUGGAUAUGCGACCGGAAUUUCCAAUCUGUAAUUUUGCAGAUAAGUAAUAAUAAUAUAUAAUUGAAACCAUCCCAUUGCCGUCCGAAUCGUUAUUCAUAUAUUAUAGGCACCAAGGCUGUUCUCAUUAGGGCCGAUACGAAAGUAGUAUUUAUUUUAUAUAUGAGGUUAGUAACUUUAUUUCUAAUGUGGAAGGUUUUCAGUUUUGAGAAUCAUAAAAUACUCUUGCUUCUUCUUGGUAGUAUUAAGUCUAGUCUGAGAGUUGAGACUGCAGUUUAGUAAUCCAAUGAGGAAUUGGAAUAAAAAGUUGCUGAUAAUUUACGGAUAUUUUGAGUUGUUUGCUCUGUUUUCAUUUGAUUUGAAUUCUAUGAUUGUUUAAAAAACAAA